UCAUAUACAAAGAAAUGAUUGAUAUUAACUUAUAUUUAACUCACAUUUCAGUUAUAUUAAUAUUCACAUUGACUGCAAUGGUAUCAGCACUACGUAUAGUAAUGUUAGACAUACCGAGCCCUUCAAUGGCCGGAGAGUCGGUUGAAUUAAUGUGUAGUUAUGACUUAGAAAAUGAUCGACUUUACUCUAUUAAAUGGUAUAAAAAUGGGUACGAAUUUUAUAGAUAUGUGCCUCGCGAUUGGCCACAGGCUCAGUAUCUGGCGAUGCCUGGCAUUAAAGUCGAUCUAUCUCGAUCCGAUAAGAUGUCUGUAUAUCUGCAAAAUGUAAACUUAAGCACAAGUGGCAAAUACCGGUGCGAAAUCAGUGCCGAAGCUCCGAGUUUUAAUACGGCAGCCGUUGAGGACUAUUUGGUGAUAAACGUGUUACCAUCGGAGGGCCCCCGGAUAUCGACGGGUAAUGGAAAAAUUGCUUACAGUCCGGGAGAGCUGGUUGUGGCCAACUGUACGUCAGCCAAAUCAAAACCGGGAGCUUAUCUUAAUUUUACCAUUAAUGACGAACCCGUGGGUGCGGAACAUGAUGUUGAAUACAGUACGACUCUGCACACCGACGGCUUAGAGACUUCAAGUCUUAGUCUGAGAUUUAAAGCACAAGAAAAACAUUUUAUGAACUCCGGGCACAUGAGGUUAAAGUGUAUGUCCACUAUAUCACAGUUAUAUCAAAUCAAAAAUGAAGCCCAACUUAUAUUAUAUAAUGCCGACGAUAAACAACAGCAACAGUCAGGUCUACACAUCAUUAAUAGUGAAAACUUAAGCCAAGUUCGCUCUGAAGCUAAGGACAUCCAUAACUCGGACUCACCGCCAAAGGAGUGGAAAGUGCUGUCAGUAUUAUUUGCUAUGUAUUUGCACCGGCAGUUGCAAAGGGUGUUCUCUACAUGAAUAUCAUCACAUUAUUCAUA